AUGUUUAGGAAAUUUAAGGGCCUCCUCAGUGGCCCGCAGGCGCCAACGGCUCCUGGGACCACCAGAGUGGCCCCCGACCCAUCUCCAGCUCCAGCUCCGGCUCCAGCUCCGGCUCCAGCUCCAUCUGGAGGCGAUUUUUCUAAAUCUUCUCCUUUCUCAGACCCGACCCCAGCCCCUGCUCCAGCCCCAACUCCAGCCCCUGCUCCAGCACCAGCCUCAGGCCCGACCCCUGCUCCAGCGCCUGGCACUGCAGCAGCUCCACCUAACCCUGAUCAAGCUGGACCUGAUGGACAGGAGCAGCCCCCUCCUCCGCCCCUGCCCAUCGUCAUCAACAGGUACUCAGACGAUCAGCUCCGGUCCAUCAUCAAGCUGAUGAGGGAGAGACAGGCGCUGUACAAGGAGAAAGUGUUGGAUCAGUACGCUUCUUCCCCUGAGAUCACCCCUCCUGUCACUCCUCUGCUCCGCAAAGACAACUACGCAAUACUCAUCGAGGAGAGGAAGAGACAAGCCGAGGAGGAUCGGAUAAAGAAGGAGGAGGCGGAUAAGAAGAAGAAAGAGGAGCAGGAGCAGAAGAAGAAGGAUAAUGAACAGAAGAAGAAGGAGGAUGAGGAGAGAAAGAAGGUGGAGAUGGAAGAACAGAAGAAAUUGGAGAAAGUGGCCCUGAAGACCAAGGUGACCGAAGCCGCGUGGCGCGCUGUGGACUCCAUGCUGAAGCCGUUUGAGGACAGUAUGGAUUCUGUGGUGGGGCAAACCAUCGACCCUUUCACAGACCGCAGCUACAUCGCCUGGCUGAGCGUGGUGACCCUGGCCUUCAACUACAACACCUGGUUCAUCACGGCCCGCCUGUGCUUCCCGUACCACACGGCGGGCGCCAUCCCUUUCUGGUUCACACUGGACCUGCUAGCUGACCUCGUCUACCUCAUCGACUCCAUCCUCUUCCAGUCCCGCAAGCAGUUUGUCAAAGGUGGAGACAUCAUAAAAGACAGAGAAAUGACUAAGAAGAACUACAGGGCGUCAGAGAGAUUCAAGAUAGACAUGCUGUGUCUCAUUCCUUUCGACUUGCUAUACUUGCAGUUUGGAUUCAAAUCCAUUUUCCGAGUCAAUCGUCUGCUGAAGGUGGAUACGUUCUUUGAGUUCAGUGAUCGUCUGGAGAGCCUCAUGUCCAAGGCGUACAUCUGGAGAGUGAUUCGGACCAUCGGUUAUCUGCUCUUCAUGCUCCACCUCAACGCCUGCUGCUACUACGUGGCCUCAGAGUACCAGGGCAUCGGCAAAACUAAAUGGGUCUACUCCGGCCUCGGCAGCGCGUACCUGCGUUGUUACUACCACGCUGUCCGCAGUCUGAUCAACAUCGGGGGGCUUAGCGAGCCCCACACCGUCUUUGAGAUUACCUUUCAGAUGACUAACUUUUUCACGGGCGUCUUUGUGUUCUCCAGUCUGAUCGGACAGAUGAGAGAUGUCAUAGGUGCAGCCACAGCCGGACAGACAUACUUCCGAGCCUCCAUGGACAACACCGUGGAUUACAUGGUGAACAGCCGCAUCCCACCGACGGUGCAGAACAGGGUCCGCACCUGGUACACGUACACCUGGGACGCUCAGGGCAUGCUGGAUGAGUCAGAGCUGCUGGACAAAAUGCCUCUGGUGAUGAGAACCGCCAUCGCCGUGGACAUCAACCUGACCACUUUUCAGAAGAUUGAACUUUUCAAGGGCUGCGACCAGCAGAUGUUGGUGGACAUGUUGCUGAGGCUCAAGUCAAUCGUCUACCUACCUGGAGACUUUGUGGUGAAGAAAGGGGACAUCGGUAAAGAGAUGUACAUCAUCAAAGGAGGAGCAGUGCAGGUAGUGGGAGGACCUGACAACAGCAUUGUGUUUGUCACACUGAAGGCCGGCUGCGUGUUCGGAGAAAUCAGCCUGUUGCAGUCUUCCAAAGACGGAGGAAACAGGCGCACAGCUAACGUCAAAGCGUACGGUUUCGCUAACCUCUUUGUCCUGGAGAAGAAGGACCUGUUUGACAUCCUCGUCCACUACCCCGAAUCUCAGAAAGUUCUUGCCAGGAAGGGAAGGAAACUAAUGAAGGCCAAGGGUCCUGCAGCAGUGAAGGUCGAUGAGGAAAAGAAGAAGGGACUCGCUCUGUUUGGACCCAAACCAGGGACGCCCAAACUGCUGCGAGCCGUCGGUGGAAACUUCAACAGAAAUUUCAUCGACAGGAUGAAGGCUGCUGCUGCCGGAAACUGA